GUUCCUCGCCUGCGUGAUACAGCGGCACCGACUUGUGGACGCGCAUCUCCGACUGGCUCUUCCGAGGCUGGCGCCCAGCAAAAUGCCACAGCGAGUCCAGGAGCCGGCCGCUCUGAGGCGCUGGCAGGACUUGUGGCGCCAGCGGCGCUAAAGUGCGGCGCUCGCUCGCGGACCCGGGGCGCUCUUGAAUGGGGUCCUCGGAGGCGGAAUCCUCGCUGAAACACGGUGCAGGCUCCUCCAGGCGCCGAAGGGAAGGGAAGGGGAGGCGAGGGGGGAGAAAACGCCCUGUUGCCGCCGCUCCAAAAACUUUGAGCUGCGAGUUUCGGAGCGAGUGAAUCCUCGCUGCGGCGCUGCAGCAGCUACUAGCUAAACUUCCCUCCUGGAUCGUCCAGCUCGCAUUCUUGGACUCUUUUCCUCGUCGCUGUUAGGAGGCGGUUCGGGUGGGCUCGGGUCGCCCGAGGCAGCCCCGCUAGGCCCGUUGGCCAUUAGCCUCGAACAAAGACGGAACACGGAGUGUGCAGCGCUUCAGAGGUCAGAAUGUCCAGCGGCGCCGAGCGGAGGAUGGAAACCCGCCUGAGGAGGCUGGAGGACAUGAUCCGGAACCCCAGGUCCGCCGUCAACCUGGAGAGUCUGCUGGACUCCAUCAACGCUCUGGUCCUGGACCUGGACUACCCAGCGCUGAGGAAGAACAAGAACAUCGACACCUUCUUACACAGAUAUGAAAAAGUCAUGGGACAAGUGCGAGAACUGCAGAUGAAGUCCGAGGACUUUGACAGGGUGAAGGUGAUCGGCAGAGGGGCGUUUGGAGAGGUCCAGCUGGUCCGUCACAAGGCCUCACAGAAGGUUUAUGCCAUGAAGCUCCUGAGCAAGUUUGAGAUGAUCAAGCGCUCCGACUCGGCCUUCUUCUGGGAGGAGAGGGACAUCAUGGCGUUCGCCAACAGCCCCUGGGUUGUGCAGUUGUGCAGCGCCUUCCAGGACGAGCACUACCUCUACAUGGUGAUGGAGUACAUGCCCGGGGGGGACCUGGUCAACCUCACCAGCACCUACGACGUGCCCGAGAAGUGGGCCAAGUUCUACACGGCCGAGGUGGUGAUGGCCCUGGACGCCAUCCACUCCAUGGGCUUCGUCCACCGCGACGUCAAGCCCGACAACAUGCUGCUGGACCGACACGGUCACCUGAAGCUGGCCGACUUCGGCACCUGCAUGAAGAUGGACUCGAGCGGCGUGGUGCACUGCGACACGGCCGUGGGGACGCCGGACUACAUCUCUCCUGAGGUGCUGAAGUCUCAGGGCGGAGACGGCUGUUACGGCAGAGAGUGCGACUGGUGGUCGGUGGGCGUCUUCGUCUUCGAGAUGCUCGUGGGUGACACGCCCUUCUAUGCCGACUCUCUGGUGGGGACCUACAGCAAGAUCAUGGAUCAUAAGAACUCGCUCAACUUCCCGGACGACGUGGAGAUCUCCAGAGACGCCAAGAGCAUCAUCUGCGCUUUCCUGACCGACAGGGAGGUGCGGUUGGGCAGGAACGGCGUGGAGGACAUCAAGCGGCAUCCUUUCUUCAGGAACGACCAGUGGACCUUUGACACCAUCAGAGACAUGGUGGCGCCGGUGGUCCCGGAGCUGAGCAGCGACAUCGACACCAGCAACUUCGAUGAGAUCGAGGAGGACAAAGGCGACGUGGAAACCUUCCCCACCCCAAAAGCUUUUGUGGGGAACCAGCUUCCGUUCGUCGGCUUCACCUACUUCAAAGAAGACCAGUUGCUCAACGCCUCCAACAACUCUUCUUCAGCUCACGAAAGCACCAAAGAGUCUGCGGCUCUGCAGAAGAAACUGCGCCAAAUGGAAGUUCAGCUGAACAACGAGAAGCAAGUCCGAGAUGAUCUGGAUCACAAAUACAGAGCCACCUCCAGUCGUCUGGACAAAGUCUCCAAGGAACUGGAAGAGGAGCUCUGCAGCAGGAAGACUCUGGAGUCCAGCCUCCGGCAGCUGGAGCGGGAGAAGGCCCUGCUGCAGCACAAGAGCCUGGAGAGUCAGCGGAGGGCCGAGGGCGAGGCGGACAGGAAGCGCUGUCUGGAGAACGAAGUCAACAGCCUGAGAGACCAGCUGGACGACGUGAAGAGGAGGAACCACAACUCCCUCAUUUCAAAUGAGAAGAACCUUCACCUGCAGAAGCAGCUGGAGGAAGCCAACGCGCUGCUGCGGGCGGAGGCCGAGGCGGCCACCCGGCUGCGGAAGAGCCAGACGGAGAGCGGCAAGCAGCUGCAGCAGCUGGAGCUCAACGUGCGCGAGCUGCAGGACAAGUGCUGCGUGCUGGAGCGCAGCAAGCUCAGCCUGGAGAAGGAGUGCGUCGGCCUGCAGGCGGCGCUGGAGGCCGAGCGGCGGGAGCACAGCCAGGGCUCCGAGACCAUCAGCGACCUGACGGGUCGCAUCUCCAGCCUGGAGGAGGAGGCCCGGCAGCAUCGGCAGGCGCUGGCCAAGACCGAGGCCGAGAAACGGCAGCUGCAGGAGAAGCUCACCGACCUGGAGAAGGAGAAGAGCAACAAGGAGAUCGACCUGACCUACAAGCUGAAGGUGCUGCAGCAGGAGCUGGAGCAGUCGGAGACCUCGCACAAGAGCACCAGAGCGCUCUUGGCUGACAGGAGCCAGAUCAAAGCCACAAUCGAGGGCGCCAAGUCCGAGUCCAUGAAGGAGGUGGAGCAGAAGCUGGCCCAGGAGCGGGCGGCCAAAAUGCGCCUGGAGAACCAGAUCCUGGAGCUGGAGAAGCACAGCAGCAUGAUGGACUGCGACUACAAGCAAGCGCUGCAGAAGCUGGACGAGCUGCGGCGACACAAGGACCGGCUGACCGAGGAGGUGAAGAACCUGACGCUGAAGAUCGAGCAGGAGACCCAGAAGAGGAACCUGACCCAGAACGACCUGAAGGCUCAGAACCAGCAGCUCAACUCCCUGCGGACGUCGGAGAAGCAGCUGAAGCAGGAGACCAACCACCUGCUGGACAUCAAGCGCAGCCUGGAGAAGCAGAACCAGGAGCUGCGCAGAGAAAGGCAGGACGCCGACGGGCAGAUGAAGGAGCUGCAGGACCAGCUGGAGGCCGAGCAGUACUUCUCGACUCUGUACAAGACCCAGGUCCGGGAGCUGAAGGAGGAGUGCGAGGAGAGGAACAAGCUCUACAAGGAGGUGCAGCAGUCGGUGCAGGACCUGCAGGAGGAGAGGGACUCGCUGGCGGCGCAGCUGGAGAUCACGCUGACCAAAGCCGACUCGGAGCAGCUGGCCCGCUCCAUCGCAGAGGAGCAGUACUCGGACCUGGAGAAGGAGAAGAUCAUGAAGGAGCUGGAGCUGAAGGAGAUGAUGGCGCGUCACCGCCAGGAGCUGGCCGAGAAGGAUGUCACCAUCGGCUCGCUGGAGGAGGCCAACCGGACCUUGACCAGCGACGUGGCCAACCUGGCCAACGAGAAGGAGGAGCUGAACAAGCAGGUGAAGGAGGCCGUCUCGGAGUCGGAGAGGUCGCGGGACUGGGAGCAGCAGCUCAGCCAGAUGAAGGCGGCGUUGGAGAAGCAGCUGCAGUCGGAGCGCACGCUGAAGACCCAGGCCGUCAACAAGCUGGCGGAGAUCAUGAACAGGAAGGAGGUGCGCGGAGGAGGCAGUCGCCGCGGCAACGACGGCGACAUGCGGAGGAAGGAGAAGGAGAACAGGAAGCUGCAGCUGGAGUUGAGGUCGGAGAAGGAGAAGCUCAACAGCUCCAUCAUCAAGUACCAGAGGGAGAUCAACGACAUGCAGGCGCAACUGUCUGAGGAGAGCCAGAUGAGGAUCGAGCUGCAGAUGGCGCUGGACAGCAAAGACAGUGACAUCGAGCAGCUGCGGAACCUGCUGCAGUCGCUCAGCGUCCAGUCCGUGGACUCUGCCAGCGUCUGCAGCGGCCCCGACUUGGACGCGGACGACGCCUUGACGGAGACGCGGCUGGAAGGCUGGCUGGCGCUGCCGGUGAGGAACAACACCAAGAGGUUCGGCUGGGAGAGGAAGUACGUGGUGGUGAGCAGCAAGAAGAUCCUCUUCUACAGCAGCGAGCAGGACAGGGAGCAGUCCAUCCCCUACAUGGUGCUGGACAUCGACAAGCUCUUCCACGUGAGGCCCGUGACCCAGACGGACGUGUACCGGGCCGACGCCAAGGAGAUCCCCCGGAUCUUCCAGAUCCUCUACGCCAACGAGGGCGAGAGCAAGAAGGAGCCCGAGUUCCCGGUGGAGCCGCUGGCCCUCGGGGAGAAGAGCAGCUACAUCUGCCACAAAGGCCACGAGUUCAUCCCCACGCUCUACCACUUCCCCACCAACUGCGAGGCCUGCACCAAGCCGCUGUGGAACAUGUUCAAGCCGCCGCCGGCGCUGGAGUGCCGACGCUGCCACAUCAAGUGCCACAAGGACCACAUGGACAAGAAGGAGGAGGUCAUCGCCCCCUGCAAAGUCAACUACGACGUGUCCACGGCCAAGAACCUGCUGCUGCUGGCCGGGUCCCAGGAGGAGCAGCAGAAGUGGGUGGGCAGACUGGUGAAGAAGAUCCCCAAGAAGCCGCCGGCGCCGGACACCCUGGCGCGCUCCUCGCCGCGCGCCUCCAUGAAGGUCCAGCCCAGCCAGUCCCUGAGGAGGCCCAGCCGCCAGCUGCCCACCAGCAAGAGCAGUUAAGGACGCGGCGGCGGCGUCUCACUCUGAUGGAUGUUUCACCUCAAGCCUCGCCGUCAGGACUGGCCAGGAGGCAGAGACGCUGCAGGGCCGGUCAAGACGCGGGGCUGAAGCUCCGCCACCUCCCUGGACCCAGCAGCUGCGCUCCAGUGGAGGCGCUCACCGUUUCUUUUUGCUCCAGCGUUUGGUGUGAUGUUCUUCUGUUGACAUGAGCCCGUGGACUGUGUGUGUGUGUGUGUCUGCCCAGUGGCCUCCUUUAACCAAGACGCAUGUUUUAUACCCGAAACUACACACAGCAUAGAUUUUAAACUUUGUACCGAAGGGUUUGCAUGUUUGUAAUGAUCCUAACCACUUGGACAAUAAAGACGUGGAUGUGCCGUCGGCCUCCGGGCCUGUGCUUCUGCUGGGGUGAGGGGCUGGUCUCAACAGCACGUCUUUUAUUUAGAAAAGGUUCUGAUAAGAAAUUCAGUCUGGACCCUGAGGAGGAGUUUCACGCGGCAAUGUAAACGCGUUGUGGUGGCCACUGGAAUGUUCUCAGCCGAGGUCACCCCCGGGAGGCACGUCUGCGCCGCUCCCUCAGCGCCGCUCCCUCAGCGCCGUCCGCUGCUCUCAGUCUUGCUUCUUGGCUCCGCCCCCGCCGCGCUUCUGGUAGUGCAGGACGGUGAGCAGCACCCAGGCGUUGAGCGAGGUGGUCACCAUGAAGCGCACCAGAACUGGCCAAGGACAGCGCGGGUUAGAGGCUGCUCUCUCUCUCUCUCUGUGUGUGUGUGUGUGUGUGUCAGCGAGGGUCCGGGUCACUCACCCUGC